UCCAAAGCCGAUGGCAUCUCCGGGCUCUGGCUUUUGGCCCUUCGGGUCGGAAGAUGGCUCUGGGGAUUCCGAGAAUCCCGGCACAGCGCGAGCCUGGUGCCAAGUGGCUCAGAAGUUCACGGGCGGCAUCGGAAACAAACUGUGCGCCCUGCUCUACGGAGACGCCGAGAAGCCGGCGGAGAGCGGCGGGAGCCAAGCCCCUCGGGCCGCCGCCCGGAAGGCCGCCUGCGCCUGCGACCAGAAGCCCUGCAGCUGCCCCAAAGCGGAUGUCAACUACGCGUUUCUCCAUGCAACAGACCUGCUGCCGGCGUGUGAUGGAGAAAGGCCCACUUUGGCGUUUCUGCAAGAUGUUAUGAACAUUUUACUUCAGUAUGUGGUGAAAAGUUUCGAUAGAUCAACCAAAGUGAUUGAUUUCCAUUACCCUAAUGAGCUUCUCCAAGAAUAUAAUUGGGAAUUGGCAGACCAACCACAAAAUUUGGAGGAAAUUUUGAUGCAUUGCCAAACAACUCUAAAAUAUGCAAUUAAAACAGGGCAUCCUAGAUACUUCAAUCAACUUUCCACUGGAUUGGAUAUGGUUGGAUUAGCAGCAGACUGGCUGACAUCAACAGCAAAUACUAACAUGUUCACCUAUGAAAUUGCUCCAGUAUUUGUGCUUUUGGAAUACGUCACACUAAAGAAAAUGAGAGAAAUCAUUGGCUGGCCAGGGGGCUCUGGCGAUGGGAUAUUUUCUCCCGGUGGCGCCAUAUCUAACAUGUAUGCCAUGAUGAUCGCACGCUUUAAGAUGUUCCCGGAAGUCAAGGAGAAAGGAAUGGCGGCUGUUCCCAGGCUCAUUGCCUUCACGUCUGAGCAUAGUCAUUUUUCUCUCAAGAAGGGAGCUGCAGCCUUAGGGAUUGGAACAGACAGCGUGAUUCUGAUUAAAUGUGAUGAGAGAGGGAAAAUGAUCCCAUCUGAUCUUGAAAGAAGGGUUCUUGAAGCCAAACAGAAAGGAUUUGUUCCUUUCCUCGUGAGUGCCACAGCUGGAACCACCGUGUAUGGAGCAUUUGACCCCCUCUUAGCUGUCGCUGACAUUUGCAAAAAGUAUAAGAUCUGGAUGCAUGUGGAUGCAGCUUGGGGUGGGGGAUUACUGAUGUCCCGAAAACACAAGUGGAAACUGAGUGGCGUGGAGAGGGCCAACUCUGUGACGUGGAAUCCACACAAGAUGAUGGGAGUCCCUUUGCAGUGCUCUGCUCUCCUGGUUAGAGAAGAGGGAUUGAUGCAGAAUUGCAACCAAAUGCAUGCCUCCUACCUCUUUCAGCAAGAUAAACAUUAUGACCUGUCCUAUGACACUGGAGACAAGGCCUUACAGUGCGGACGCCACGUUGAUGUUUUUAAACUAUGGCUGAUGUGGAGGGCAAAAGGGACUGCUGGGUUUGAAGCGCAUGUUGAUAAAUGUUUGGAGUUGGCAGAGUAUUUAUACAACAUCAUAAAAAACCGAGAAGGAUAUGAGAUGGUGUUUGACGGGAAGCCUCAGCACACAAAUGUCUGCUUCUGGUACAUUCCUCCGAGCUUGCGUACUCUGGAAGACAAUGAAGAGAGAAUGAGUCGCCUCUCAAAGGUGGCUCCAGUGAUUAAAGCCAGAAUGAUGGAGUAUGGAACCACAAUGGUCAGCUACCAACCCUUGGGAGACAAGGUCAAUUUCUUCCGCAUGGUCAUCUCAAACCCUGCGGCAACUCACCAAGACAUUGACUUCCUGAUUGAAGAAAUAGAACGCCUUGGACAAGAUUUAUAAUAACCUUGCUCACCAAGCUGUUCCACUUCUCUAGGUAGACAAUUAAGUUGUCACAAACUGUGUGAAUGUAUUUGUAGUUUGUUCCAAAGUAAAUCUAUUUCUAUAUUGUGGUGUCAAAGUAGAGUUUAAAAAUUAAACAAAAAAGACAUUGCUCCUUUUAAAAGUCCUUUCUUAAGUUUAGAAUACCUCUCUAAGAAUUCGUGACAAAAGGCUAUGUUCUAAUCAAUAAGGAAAAGCUUCAAAUUGUUAUAAAUACUUCCCUUACUUUUAAUAUAGUGUGCAAAGCAAACUUUAUUUUCACUUCAGACUAGUAGGACUGAAUAGUGCCAAAUUGCCCCUGAAUCAUAAAAGGUUCUUUGGGGUGCAGUGAAAAGGACAAAGUAAAUGUAAAAUGUAUGUUGACAAUAAAAACUCUUGCCUUUUUCGUAGUAUUAGAAAAAAAUUUCUAAUUUACCUAUAGCAACAUUUCAAAUGUAUUUAAAUACAUAUAAUUUUACAAAAGGAAAAUAUAUAUAUUAAAAAAGAUAUCCUAUUUUGUAACAGAUAGAUUUUUAUUUUAUAUGGGUUAUACAAACUGCAGGGGCAGAUAUAAAAACUAAGCCAGAUUUUUUUUUCCUUUCUCUUAAUGGAGGCACAAUAAAACACUUAGCAAAGUUAUUUUGAAACAUUGACCCACGAAAUUCUUAAAAGGUAUUAUUCCUUCUUUCUAUACAUGUUAUGGCUUAUCACAUCUCUAAAGUUAGUAUUUCAAGACAAACACAAAAGAAUACUGCAAGUUGUUUAAAAUAAUUGAUCCCAUUGGCAGUAAGAUUCUCUUCCCCUUUAAGUUUUCCACUCAUUUUACUCUUGGCGGACUCACUCUGCAAGCAUGACAAACCAAGCUUCAUCUCAGAUUAAAUUAGGGUAAUUGUCUCUAUUCUGCUUUCCAAUUCGGCCUGUUUUGAACAGAAGGUUGAUGCUCGUUCUUGAGGCAUCUUCCAAAUAGUAUUCUUUUAUUUGGUCAUUUGAAUUAAUUAGAGAAAAUAAAAAUAAAACCUAAUCAGCCUGAGCAAAGAGGAAUGAAGCACACUCCCAGAAUGUGGUGAGCCCAGAAAAUUAAAGUUGGCCUUGGGAGAAGAGAUCUCUGUGGGACAAUAAUGACAUCAUCCUGGCGCCAUAUUGCCACUGUCCAGGAAAGAGAAAUUUACCUCCAGGCCAGUUGCGCAUUUCCAUCCCCUCCCCAUUCCUCCCCACAAAGUCUCUCCCACUAGACUCCCUACCACUGGGACCCAAAAUAAUUACUUUAUAUUCCAUGGGUGGUUGUUUUUCUUCCAUGAAAUGAGCCUCUCACCCUAGAUUUUGAGGCAUCAUCUUAAGGUUUUCCUUUAUCCAUCUCCCAUCGAGAUCCAAAGUGAACAGAAUAUGCAGAAAUAAUAAGAUCCUUAGAAUUCAAAAUAGUAUUUUUUAAAAAUCCUUCUUUCCCUGUGAACCUGAUAGAAAAACAUGAGCUAACAAAAGCUUCCAUAGAUAUUUAUGGGGUCACACAUCGUCAGAUUCCAAGUGCUGAUAGGAGAACAAUAGAUUGAUAUGCAGACUGCAAAUGCAAAUUUAGGAACAUUCUCCAUUUCUGAAUGGACCAGGUAGUUCAGUACUCAGACUGCAGGUAUACAAGGGAAGAGAGAAGGCCCUGCCCUUCAAUGGGUAGAAAUGCCCUACAAUAUAAUAUAUAGAAAUGCCCUAUAAUAUAACCACAGGAUCCAGCCAUCUGAAAUUUUCAUAAGCUUCCCCCUACAUUAUUUCUCCUAGGCUAUAUGCAAAAACAGUGAUAACUUGAUAUGAACAUGGCUUUGGGCCCUUUCUGUCUAGAAAGCAAAUGGGUUCACUAUGACAAUCAGAAGUAAACUCUUUCAUCUGUGCCACAGAAUUUCAUGAAGGAAUAACCUUCCAUUCUAGGCUUUGUCUAAUGGCCAAGCAUCCCUUUCCUUUCUCAAAACUACCUGCUGAGAAUAAGCACAUAGCUGCCCAACUAUCCAGAGCCUCAGGCCCAAAGGUUCCACUUCAGAGACAGAGAUGCUAAUUGAUCCAACCUGCUGUCCUUCUUGGAGAAGACAGUGGGGCCCAGUGCCCUGGUGAACCAACCCUGCUGUACUCCAGGAUGCUUUAUCUUUUGGGUUACAGAUCCUAGAUUAUAAACUGCUGCUCUUUAGGUUAAUGAGAUGGUAAAAUUGUAAAGGACAAUUUGUGCCUAUAUAUGAAAUUCCAGCAAAACAAUUCUAGCGACAACAAUAGCUCUUCUUCCCCACUCCCCUACCCCUUCCCAGUACUCCUUCAAAUUGGCUGAGAGCCUUGCUCAGUCCUGUGCAGGGAAAUCCUUACCAACUGUAGCCCGAAGAAGGAAGCAAAUAAAAGCCUAAUAGGUCCCAGUAGUUUAAUAAAUCAUCUUGAAAGGAGAUGUGUAAUCAGGUCAGAAGAGAGUGAGGGAGGAAGGUAGGGAGGGAGGAAGGGAAGGAGGGAGGGAGGAAGGGAAGGAGGGAGGGAGGAAGGGAAGGAGGGAGGGAGGAAGGGAAGGAGGAAGGAAGGAAGGAAGGAAGGAAAGGAAGGAAGGAAGGAAGACAGGAAGGAAAGGAAGGAAGGAAGGAAAUGAAGGAAAUGAAGGGAGGGAGGGAGGGAAGAAGGGAGAUUAUUUUGAAUAUUAGCCCAAAUUCCCAGUGCCAUGGGGCCCAUUCUUUACAAAUCUUAGAAAAGUUUGGUUUUAGCUUUAAUCAGAACUGACAUGGCCAUUUUCAUUUAUACAGCAAUAUUGUGUUUAUCAUUUAAAAUACUUGAACAAACAAGUGUGAUAUGUCUUUAUCUGAGACCUAUACAUGGUAUGGACUUCAUAUAACAUCACAGGAUGUGAGGAAAGAAAAGGAAAUCAAUUCUGUCUGACUGUGUUGCCUUUAUUAUCUGGAUAAUACUGUCUUGUCACCUCAGAUUGGGGUUGUGCACUUUAGAUCUGAACUGUACAGUGUUGCAAAUCAACAUGUGUUUCCGUAAAAGCUUGUACAAUAUAUUAUUGAUAUGUCUUUUUCUGUGUGGUAGCUGUAUUGAACUUUGAUAUUAUGAAAACUACAUUUGCAUCUGUUCCUGUUCUCUCUCUCUCUCUUUCCUAACUAUCUGCCCUCCACAUUGGCUCUAAUAGAGAACAUGCCCUCAGCUAAGUCCCCUACUGAGAAACUUCCUUUGAGAAUUGUGCGACUUCACAAAAUGCAAGGUGAACACCACUUUAUCUCUGAGAACAGACGUUACCAAUUAUGGAGUGUCACCAGCUGCCAAAAUCGUAGGUGUUGGCUCUGCUGGUCACUAGAGUAGUUGCUACUCUUCAGAAUAUGGACAAAGAAGGCACAGGUGUAAAUAUAGUAGCAGGACGAGGAACCUCAAACUGGGUAUCAUUUUGCACGUGCUCUUCUGUUCUCAAAUGCUAAAUGCAAACACUGUGUAUUUAUUAGUUAGGUGUGCCAAACUACCGUUCCCAAAUUGGUGUUUCUGAAUGACAUCAACAUUCCCCCAACAUUACUCCAUUGCUAAAGACAGAAAAAAAUAAAAACAUAAAAUAUACAAACAUGUGGCAACCUGUUCUUCCUACCAAAUAUAAACUUGUGAAUGAUCCAAGUAUUUUAUCUGUGUUGUCUCUCUAAACCCAAAUAAAUGUGUAAAUGUGGACACA